AUGAUUCGCAUUCUUCUUCUUUCUUCUGUGUUCACCUAUGUCUAUAGUGCCAAUUUAAUCAUGAUGCAAGCGAUUUGGAGGCACGGAGAUCGAGCUCCAGGAGAUCUACCGUAUCCCAAGGAUAGGUACAAUGAGACCUACUGGCCACGUGGAUGGGAUCAGUUGACCAAUAAAGGAAUUUGGCAAGCUGUUGAACUUGGCAUCUGGUUACGACAACGAUAUGGAGCUACAGUACUACCCGUCUUCAACAAAAACAAAGUGUUCAUUCUAUCUUCCGAUUCGGAAAGAGCCAUAGAAACUGCUCAAGGGGUGUCUGCUGGUCUAUUUCCACCAGUGGAUGAUCGUGUUUGGGAGUCUUCGUAUCUCCGAUAUUGGCAGCCUACACCCAUACAAACUGCGUAUGGGACUAUAGAUGCUCUUCUCCGUCCCACAAAAGUUGAUUGUCCAGCUUACGACUUGGCCAACGAGCAAGAAGAAUCUCCGAUAGCUGCUCAAAUCAACAAUGAGUAUGGUCAAAUGUUCAAGUGGCUUCAGAAUACAACGGGAAUGGAAUCUAUUGACUUUUGGAAUAUCAAUGAUUUGUAUGAUAUUCAAAGAGAGCUGGACCAUAACAUGCCACAGCCUAGCUGGUUGAAUCAGGUGUUCAACGGCACCACUAUCAUGGAUCACAUCCGUGAAUUGAAACGAAUCACUAGAAAUCAAGAAUUCAAUUCGCCAACAAAAGCAAAGUUCAGAGGAGGUUACUUGGUGAAUGAGUUUUUAAAAAAUAUGGAAGAUUUCAAGGCCAACAAGACCGAGAAAAAUGCGAUGAUGUAUUCUUCGGUAAAUUUAUUUGAAAAUAUUAGAAACGCUAAAUUUUGA